CUCUAGAAGCCUUUCUUACAAACGAACGUGGCAUUAUCGCCUAUUUUCUUGCAAGAAGUUCUGCCAGAAUACAAGUGAAUUUGGCGAAAAUGGAGAAAACGGAUAUAUUUAUUUUGUGUUUUAUAUUACUAGAAUGUUUUGUAUGUACAAAUAGUUACUUUGUCUCCGUUGAUGCCCAUGCAGAAGAAUGCUUUCACGACAAGGUAACAUCUGGUACGAAUAUGGCUCUCGCGUUUGAGGUGUCGGAGGGAGGCUUCCUGGACAUCGACGUCAAGAUUGUUGGACCUGACAAUCGAGUGGUGUAUGAGGGUGAAAGAGAGUCAAAUGGGAAAUACACGUUUGCCGCUCAUAUGGAUGGUGUUUAUAGAUAUUGUUUUAGCAAUAAGAUGUCUUCUAUGACACCAAAGAUUGUAAUGUUUUCUAUGGAGGUUGGUGAUGCACCUAAAGUUAUGGAUACUGGAGGUAAACUUACUAAGGAUUGGAGUAUGAUAAAUGUUUAAUUGUAUGCAAGAAGG